AUGGAGCCCGAAAGGUAUCUCUCAGGCGACCUCCCCGCUCCAGAUAAAGUGUUUCUUGAAGCUUGCAACAUCUAUUUCAGGCAUUGCCACAAUAAGCCAUUUGGAUUUUUCAAUGCCACCUUCUUUUACCAAAAGGUCCAACAAGACCGAGUCCCUCUACACCUAAAAUUGGCCUUGAUUGCCUCCGCCACGCGCUACUCGUCGCGCUCACAAUGGAUGGAAAGAAAACGAAGUACAAUUGACAGCUAUGCUCGGUGCUCAUGGGAGUUGAUCACGACAUCCUCCAAUCCAUUGGAUAAAGAUGAUGAUGUGGAUGUCAUUCAGUCUCUGGUGAUAUUGGCGGCUAUAGAUUUGACCGCGGGCCGGCGCCGAAAUGCUUGGGUGAAGAUUGGGAUGUCGGUACGAAUCGCUCAGGACUUGGAUAUGAUGUUGGAACCACCAUCCAAUCUUCCUGAACUCGAGCGCGACGAGCGACGCAACCUUUUUUGGUCACUGUACUUGCUAGAUCGAUUUGUGUGCUGCUCUUUUCAACGACCACCCGCUAUUCACGACUCGGAUUUACACCUCAACCUGCCGACACAUUAUCGCUCUGAAAAACGAUUACCCUCUAUAACGCUAAGUGAGCUGUUUAACGAGAAUAUUCGAAACCUUUCACCUCGUUCGGGAAUGUUCGGUAUUAGUAUUGGGUUCGUUGCUUGCUUGGGACGAACUACUAAAUACAUGAUGAGCAAGCUGAGAUGCCAGUCAACGCCCCCUUGGAAAUCCGGCUCUGAGCAUGCCAUGAUCCAUCGGGAUCUGGAGUAUUUGAAGCAGCUUGCUCUACAAAAUGGUCCCAUUCCAGGGGCACCAAGUCAAACACAGCCCCAAGCCGAAUCCUCCAAACCCGACCGUGAGCAGAUCUCACAUAUGGUCCUCUCACAUACAUUAUACCAUUUAUGCCUUUGCAUUCUCAACCAUCCCUUCUUAAUCGGGUUGAAAAUCGAAUCCCGUUCACACUCCGAUAUGCCAUUAAUGUGGCUAGAAGAUACUCGCAGGCGAAGUCUAUCUCACGCUGGGUCUUUGAUCACGGUCCUCCUUGAAGCAAAGGCUGCUGGAUAUAUGCCAAUUACCUCGGUCUACAGUUACAGCAUGGUGCUGGCAAGCACAAUCCAUGGAAUAUUCAUGCACUGUGAUGAUUCUUCUAUCCGCCAAAGCUCAGCAGAGAAUUUGAAACCAGCCUUUGAAUACCUCUCCGAGAUGUUUGAUCUAUGGGACAAUGCAAAUAUUAUGGCAAAUGCUUUGGAAAAUUUUAUCACCCAUUGUCCAAGAUACAGCAAAAUACUUCUGCGCAACGAGCCAUGCACGAGCGAAUUCACCCCGACGGAGCUGACUAUACUCAAAUACGUUAUUGAUUACUGGGCAAUGAUGGAUUCUCGGAAUCCAGUCUUCCAGGAGGCCUUGACGACACAACCUGCAGAACCCCAAGUGACAAGUCCGGACUGCCUGACUCCUCCAACUUCGAUUCCUAUUGACACUAGUCCUGAUGAGGAACACACAGCAAAUGAUCUAGACCCGGAUAUUUUAGUUGCAUAUCCACUUCCAGUCAUGUCCCCGAUUCCAUCAAACGACGGCUCGCCAAAAUGGGACUGGGAUCAAGAACUAGAUAUGAGCCCUCCUACAUGA